GACGCGGCAAAACUGUGUCACUGGGCGUCCGCCGGCCAACAAGAUCAGUGGGUCAUACUGUGCGAAAAAGCGCGCGCUCGCGCCUUUUUCAGCGAUUCGAAAAACGGUGCCGCCGUCGGUGUAGGUUAUUUUUUUUUUCUCGGUUUUACACGGUGUUGUGUGUGCUUUGAGUGUGAAAUAAUAAUAAUACAAUUUUUUUUUCGAAUUUUAUUUAAUUUUUAAUUUUUUGUACCGUCGUUAUUUUGUCCGUCCGUCCGUCUGUGUAAUCGGCCGAAAUGUUCAAAAAAGAAAAACCCAUGAUGUCCGUGUCGGCCAUCAUACAGAGCAGGGCGGCCCAUCAUUGGGGCAGGACGUUGAUAUCCGACAGUUUACGAUUGGACAAUAAUCUAUCGUUGAGUUCAAUGGGUCCGCAGUCGCCUCUAGAUUUGAAACCUGACACAGCUACUUUAAUGGCCAAUUACAGUCCUCCGGGAGAUCCCUUAAGUCCAGGAAUGUACAACGUCGACCGGAAUAAUAUGAUGAACACUAAUUCGUGUAAUAGCCAAGAUUCACCGAACUACCCUCCUAAUCAUCCGUUGAGUGGAUCGAAACACUUGUGCUCCAUUUGUGGUGACCGUGCCAGCGGUAAACAUUAUGGAGUUUACAGUUGUGAAGGAUGCAAAGGAUUUUUCAAACGGACGGUCAGAAAGAAUUUGUCGUACGCGUGUCGUGAAGACAACAAAUGCAUUAUUGACAAGCGCCAACGGAACAGAUGUCAGUAUUGCCGGUAUCAAAAAUGUCUGACGAUGGGCAUGAAACGAGAAGCCGUCCAGGAGGAGAGACAGCGCACCAAAGAACGAGAUCACAUGGAGAUCGAACCGACGAGCAGUUCCAACACGGACAUGCCGGUCGAACUGAUUUUGAAAGCUGAAAACAAAGCCGACGCAAUAAAGACUGAACAACCACACAUUGAGCAACAACAUCCUCAACAUACCGUCGGCUCCAUCUGUCAAGCGACGGACAAACAGUUGAUACAACUUGUCGAAUGGGCAAAACACAUACCACAUUUUAAAAGUUUACCAUUAGGCGAUCAAGUCUUGCUGUUGAGAGCAGGUUGGAACGAGCUGAUGAUUGCAGCGUUUUCGCACCGAUCCAUUAGCGUGAAGGACGGCAUAGUGUUGGCCACCGGACUGACCGUUUACAGAGAUUCGGCUCAUCAAGCUGGUGUCGAAGCCAUAUUCGACCGCGUCCUCACCGAGCUUGUCGCCAAAAUGAGAGACAUGGGCAUGGACAGAACGGAGCUUGGUUGUUUGCGCACGAUCAUCCUGUUUAAUCCUGGUUCCAAAGGUUUGCAGUCUGUCAACGAAGUGGAAAUACUACGCGACAAGGUCUAUAUCGCUCUGGAAGAGUAUUGCCGUACGACCCAUCCAGAAGAACCGGGACGCUUCGCCAAACUCCUUUUGCGUUUACCUUCGUUGCGUUCGAUCGGCCUCAAAUGCCUGGAACAUCUCUUCUUCUACAAACUGAUCGGAGAUUCACCGCUCGACACAUUCCUAAUGGAAGUGCUCGAAUCGUCGCACGACACGCAAGUGGCCACAUAAUUUUUGUAUUCAUCGAGCGGAACGCUGAUGGGGAAUUAAACGUAACAUAAUUGACGUGUGACAAGAUAAAUGUUUUUUUUUUCUUUUGAAUUAUUUUAUUUUUACUCAAAUGUGUUGUGUGUAAAUUGAUCUGGUGAAAUUAUUUUUAAAACCUUUAUCGGUCGAUGAUCAUCAUAUUAUUAUUACUAUUGCUAUUAAAUAUUUAUACAUAAAUUAUAUAUUUUUAAUUAUUUUUAUAUAAACUAAGGUUAGGUAUUACUUACAUUUUAUUAAUAUUUAUUUAUAUGUUAAAUUCUGAGGAUAUACAUUUUGUUUUGUAAGUGAAUUAUUACUAUUAUAUUUAAAUAUAUAUAUUUUUUUAAAACAAAAUAUUUUAUUUAAAAACAAAUGAUAUGUAUUUUAUUAAUUAAAUUAUAUUUUAUUAGGUAGUUUAGUUUGUUUUAUCGAAAGAAAAACAAGUAGUGCGUAAUGAGGUUAACAAGUAAUACACAUUGUACACAUCACAUACGAUAAAAUUAAACCUGUUAACAAACACUGCGGUUAACUAUCAAAGCGCUUCAAAAAAAAUAUAUAUACAUUAUACUUUUGAUCUUGUCUACGAUAAUGCUAUAAUAAUUGUAUAAUUAUUAAAUAUUCAUUGAAUAUUUGUUCGGAAGGUUUUUUGACUCGUAGUUUGUACGUUAUUCCUGAAAAAAAAAAAAUUAAGAGAACCAUAAUUGUAUUAUUUGAUCGUUUUGUUGUUGUAAUAAUUAUUUUUUACAAAAGAAUACAUCACAGACAUUUUUUUUUUUGUAUUAAAUAAAUUAAUUCAAUAAUUUAUUUAGAUCGGUUUUCUAUUGUAUUUUGUUCGGUUUAUAUUUUUUUCGUAGUCAAUUUUUUGUAAAAAAAAAAGUAGCUUAUAACAAAUUAUGAAAUAUAAUAAUAAAGCUUUAACUAUUAUUUUACGAUUGUAAAAAUAAAAUAAAAUAACUAUUAUAUAAUAUAAUGUUUUAUUAGCUGAUAGGAAUAACGUUACGUUUAUUAAAUAUAUUUAUUUUUUAAGGCAAAUGA